CCGCCCGAUGCAAAGGGAAGGCCGUUAUCCAUCCGUCCAUCCAUGGCGUCGUUCAGGCCGGUAACGCAUGUGCUCUUCGACAUGGAUGGGCUUUUAUUAGAUACAGAAAAAUUAUACACGAAAGCGAUUGAGGAUGUGGCACAACGAUACGGCAAGCAUUACACUUGGGACAUGAAAGUGCAAGUGAUGGGCACAACGGGUGUUGACUCUGCGAGGAAGGUGGUGGACCUUCUGCAGCUCCCGAUAGAACCUCCAGAACUCGUAACAGAGUUGGACAAAUUAUACCUCAAGUUUUUUCCCACGGCGGAACUCAUGCCCGGUGCCGACCGACUAGUACGACACUUACACAGGCACAAGGUUCCCUUCGCAAUAGCGACGAGCAGCAAGCGUUCCUCUUUCCAACUCAAGAGCUCUCGACACAAAGACUUUUUUGCAUUGUUUCAUCACACCACGUUGGCUUCGGAGGAUCCGGACGUCAAACAUGGCAAGCCUGCACCCGACGUAUUUCUUGUAAGCGCAAGAAAGUUUGAGGAGAAUCCUGCACCGGCGCAGGUCCUUGUGUUUGAAGACUCACCGAAUGGCGUGGAGGCUGCGCUAGCUGCUGGAAUGCAAGUCGUGCUCGUACCGGAUCCUCGUUUGGACGAGAACUCACGCAGGCGUGCAACAUUGUGCUUAGCCAGUUUGACGGAUUUUAAGCCCGAACUCUUCGGCCUGCCACAGUUCAACGAUUGCUAGUGGGGCCCUGCCCAGCACCACGAGGGUGCAUCGUCGCAAACGGGACCAGCACUUUAUGCAUGGUGUAUGUUGCCAAGUGCCCACAAGACUCUGAGUGCAAUCAACAAAUGCACAAAAUACCUGAAACAAAAUGGCACUAAAGUUGUUAUGUGGUUGGCUGCACGGCAGUGCUAGUGUUACUUUUUCCAGAGAAAUACCUGUUUUAUGCGGAGGGGCACUGUUAGAUUGAAACCGUAUGUUUAGAGUUAGGUGUGGGAUAAAAAAAUUGCUCAUCAGUGACAAGUUUUAUUGAAAAGAGAGUCACUGCUGGAAUGACACAAAAGGAUGCACUUUGCGAGAUAAGACUCUUCUUUAUUUACGUUUAUAUUAAUAUUUAUACUGUAUGUAUACUAUGUAUACUGUAUGAGCUACCUAGCAAUACCUGGCACCUUAAGAAGGUGCAGUUGAGUAAUUUGAAUGGUAGCACAAAACUCAGACAUUUGUCAUUGUGUUGAUUUGGACAAUACAAGGAGGGCAAGAAAAAGCAAUGAAUGGAAAAUGUGUGAGAGUUCCCAGCCUAACAUGUAAUACAACAUGUGGAAAAAAUAUUUGGCAGUAGUUCAUAAUAUUUGACCCUGUGUACUACAAAAUUCUGUUCUGUUACCAUAUUUACUCACAUAAUUGCUCUACCCACUCCAUGAUGCUGCAUUUGUUGAUAAAAAAAAAACUGUUAUUAUUAACUAUGCAAGUAAAUACGGUAUUCCUCAUUUUUACUGAAAUGCAGAGUUUGGGAAAUCACUGUGAGAGUAAAUACGGUAUUCCUCAUUUUACUGAAAUGCAGAGUUGGGGAAAUCACUUUUACUUUAUGGUGCAUUACCAUUGCUCAUUACAGCGUGUUCAAAAAUAAUACAUUACGUUACUCGUUACCCUUUCCUACUCGGUAUGGUAUCUCACUGCUAGUGCCACUGUUUUAUUCAAGUAAUGACAUUACUUUGGCAUUCCAUUUUCCCAUAGGUCUCUAAUACAGUCCCGUGUGGUAUAUGAAAUGCAUGCUCUGAAGAGACGUGAUCAAAUGUAGGCAUUUUUCUUAUUUCAAAAUGAGUGAUAAUAUAUGUAGCAUACAAAGAAUCCCCUAUUUUCAAAAGCAAGCAUAUAAUAUAUUUUUUGUUGUUUGAUACAAGGGCGCUUUAUCUGGACAAAUGAGAACUGUACAGAGAUAAGUAAACGUUAUUUCAUUUCAAAAAUACUGCAUUACAGUUGAGGAAACAGUAUUUAAUAUGAAAAUAAAAAUCCAAAAGUUCAUUACCUCGUUA